AAUCGUUUCGCAGAACACCACGGCUCGUGUCUUGCAAAAUACUUCCAUUUCGCCCAAUGCGGCACCUGUCGCCUUCCGGCACAUGGCACCGUCUACGAUAAUCGAGGAUAUAAUAAGGACAGGAGCGGUGCAUCGUGCAGGAGUGCCGGAUGCCGAUCUGUCCGACAUCUACAAUCUCGUCGGUUCUGAAAAGUUCGUCGUCGCGUAAUGAAAAAGGAGGAGCAGCAGCAAGAGACAAUCCAAACCGCGGUGAAGAUGGUCGUAAAUCGUUCGCUGGCCAACACCAUGGAGGACGUGUGCAAGAACAUUAUUGUCGUCGGAGAAUCCGAACGGUAGUUCAAAUCUGGAACGACCCCAGAAUAAACCUCACGGAUAACAACGCAAACCCGUCAGCAUCCUCAAGACGGAAAAACCAGAACCAUCCGGUACCAAAACUGGUCCCGACAAAUCACUACAAAGAAAUCAUGUGUCAAAAAAUGUUCUGGAGACCCGACCAGCCACACCCUCCACCAUCACUUGAACGCCAGCAGGCCUACAAUGAUGACUCCAACCACAGAAGAACCGGAACCCCGGCUUCCAGAAAGAACCAGCCUCACCGCUCAACACACCUGCCGCCGUUCCAGACACUCCUCGAUGCACAACUCGGCGGCUCGGAGAAGAACCAUAAUGGCAUUGAAACCGAACCGGACUCCAACUCAGCCGGUCUCAAACGUUGCCGCAAUGGCCCGUCCUCACCGGGAUCGAGAACGACAAUGGUGGCUCAUGGCCAGGCCACCUCGAAUUAG